AUGCUGACAGUGGGCGGAUGGGACGGUGAUUUUGGAGUGACGUGGUUUCCCCGAUGUGAAUUCGGCGGCAAUGUAGGCGGAGUUGUGCACGGCUGGCCAGCUAAAGGUGGCUUCUACUCCCGUAUCUGUUCUGUAGCAGAGCUUGAGUUCUUGGGACUUGACCGGUUCGAGCCAUCCGACAGACCAGACGACCCUGAGAAUGAAGAACCUCACUGCACUAAAAUGCGUCAACUCGGAGCCAGGUGGUUUCGUGACCCUGAUCACAAAAUACGUGCUGGGCGGAAGCUCCGAAACGGAGGUCCAGAUACACCACUUCUAUUUGUCGGUUGGCCUGCCGGUGGUGGUGUUUGGACCAUCAAUAUCAACAUAUCUCAAUCCGCACAGAAGGGCCUAGGGAGAAUUGACAAUGCAUUCACGAUGGAGGAACUCUGCAAGAUGAUUGAGCAACUUGGGGGAACAUUCUACGCCGAUCCAAAGGAUUGUCCUCAUUUAGACCUGAAUGGUUCUCGAGAGGGGAAUGAUGGUACAGGCUACUAG